AUGUUCUUCGACAAUGUGCAACAGGGUGCGCCCGAUGUUAUGUAUGAGCUAAAGCUUCGAGCUGAUGGCGAUACGAGCCCCAAUAAGGUCGACCUUGGUGUCGGUAUCUACCGCAAUGAACAGGGUCUUUACCAUGAGUUAAAGGCUUUGAAAGAUGCGAAAGAUCAUCUUGCUGUGACAAACCCGAAUCACGACUACGAAGUUACCACAGGCAAUGCCGAAUACCUGCGUAAUGCUGCGAGGAUCGUCUUUGGAAAUUGUUCCGACAUUUUACAGUCGGGCCGAGUCGCUUCUGUGCAGACUAUAUCUGGAACAGGGUCAAUUCAUAUUGCUCUCAUGUUCCUCAGCCGUUCAGUUCAAGGCUUGGAGAAGACUGUGUAUGUAGGAACACCCACAUGGGGCAAUUAUCAGCCAAUGUGUGCAAUUGCUGGCCUCAGCUUCCAACCUUACAGGCAUUACUCCCCCGACACCGGUCGUGUAGACUGGAAGAGUGUGCUGGAAGCUGUUCGUGGAGCGGCCCCAGGCAGUAUCUUCAUCCUCCAGGCUUGUUGUCAUAAUCCGACUGCGGCGGACUUCUCUCAAGAUCAGUGGGAGACGUUAGCAAAAGAGAUGAAGGACAGGCGCUUAUUCCCUUUGUUCGACAUGGCGUACCAGGGUCUCGGGAACGGUCUAGAUGAGGAUGUAUUCGGCUUACGCCAUUUUGCGCAAGAAGGUUUCGAGCUCCUGGCUUGCCAGACUUUCUCUAAAAGCUUUGGUCUGUAUGGAGAAAGAGUGGGUGCACUUCAUGCUAUUUGUCCUACAAUUCAGGUGGCAUCUGCUGUGCAUGAUCAGCUUCGCUUCUUGAUCCGAUCCGAGUUCUCGUCUUCACCAGCAUACGGAGCCAGGCUCGUGACCACAAUCUUGUCAGAUCCUCAGCGAGAAUUAAUUUGGAGGGAAGAGCUUAAUACUCUCCAUCAACGACUGCGUGCGCUACGAGAAAAGCUAUUCCAUCUGUUACAUGAUGUUAAUAAGACUCCAGGAAAUUGGGAGGUCAUCACUCGCGGAACAGGAUUAUUCAGUUUUCUGCCAUUGACUAUCGAACAAUGCAAGGCUCUACAGACCAAAUAUCAUAUCUACCUAGUUCCCAAUGGUCGCAUAACCGUAUCUGGUCUUAACGAACGAAAUAUCGAGUAUGUAGCGUUAAGCAUCGAUGAGGUCGUACGGGCUUCGGAAACAUCCAUCCGAAAUCAUAUCUAA